AUGGCCCCAAAUUCCAUCCACUGGUUCCGGAAGGGCCUCCGUCUCCAUGACAACCCUGCACUUCAGGAGGCAGUACGUGGGGCAGACACUGUUCGAUGUGUCUACUUCCUGGAUCCCUGGUUUGCUGGGUCGUCCAACCUUGGGGUCAACAGGUGGAGAUUUCUCCUGCAGUGCCUGGAUGAUCUUGAUUCCAAUCUAAGAAAACUCAAUUCCCGCCUUUUUGUCAUCCGAGGUCAACCAGCCAAUGUAUUUCCACGCCUUUUCAAGGAAUGGAAAAUAUCCAGGUUGACCUUCGAGUAUGACUCAGAACCGUUUGGAAAGGAGAGGGAUGCAGCUAUUAAAAAGCUUGCGAUGGAGGCUGGAGUUGAAGUCAUAGUCAAGAUUUCACACACCCUUUACAACCUUGAUAAGAUCAUUGAACUAAAUGGUGUUCAGCCUCCCCUCACUUACAAACGCUUCCAGACUCUGAUCAGCCGAAUGGACCCGCCAGAGAUGCCAGUGGAAACCCUCUCCAACACUAUUAUGGGCUCCUGCGUCACACCUGUCUCUGAAGACCAUGGGGACAAAUAUGGUGUGCCAUCGCUGGAAGAACUAGGUGAGCUGAAUGAGAUAAAGAGCUUUAUCUGUUGAGUUUAAAGGGAUAGU